AUUUAGUAUGACACCGGUAUGAGCUGACAGUGACCGGGACAGAUCGUACUUCUCGGGAUCUGGGGCACCUGAAUGCCAGACAAAGGUAGAACACUAGAGGUACAGCCAUGAUUUUGCAACGGUUCCCGUCCUUGUUUUUGGCUUUGGUCUACCUCUCAGUCUCCCAAGCUAUGAAUACCAAUGUUUCCAUGGGAACCAAUCUCAGUGCUGCUUCAUUUUUACAAGAUAUCAUGCAGAGGUAUGGAGAGAAUGAGACCCUCUCACUGCCUCAGCUCAAGUCCUUGCUGGAGAGGCUUGAGGUUGGUAAAGGUCCUGAAGACCAGCACAAUAUGUCCCAGUGUCUUAGCUCCACUGUACUCUUUGCGGCCCAUAACUUGACAUCAGAAUCUCUGGUGGAUGCUCAGGGUCUACAGAGCAUCUGCCCCUCUAUCCUGCAGCAGUUGGAGACACGCAGUUGCCAGGAGAACAUAGAAUCACUCAACGAGACCAUCGCCGAGGGACGUCCAAGCCCAUCUGAGGUAUGGGGUUAUGGCAUCCUGUGUGUUACGGUCAUCUCUCUCUGCUCCCUCCUGGGGGCUGGUGUGGUCCCCUUCAUGAAGAAAGCCUGUUACAAACGUCUACUCCUCUUCUUCAUUGCCCUCGCCAUUGGGACACUUUAUUCCAACGCCCUUUUUCAACUCAUCCCCGAGGCUUUUGGUUUUAAUCCACUGGAGGACUCCUAUGUCUCCACAUCAGCAGUUGUAUUUGGGGGAUUCUACCUUUUCUUCUUCACAGAGAAGGUCCUGAAGAUGAUACUCAAGCAAAAGCACGAGCAUGGGCACAGUCACUACACUGCAGACACCAGUAAACGUGAUGCUGAGGAGGGCGUGACAGAAAAGCUGCAGAAUGGUGACUUGGAUCACAUGAUACCACCUCCUGGCAGCAGCAUAUCUGACCUACGAUCGCACCAUGGCGAUGAGAAAGUUGUAGUGGGGUCCCUCGCUGUUCAGGAUCUCCCAGGUCAGCAGAGUUCCUGUUACUGGCUGAAGGGGAUCCAUUAUUCGGAUAUUGGCACGCUGGCCUGGAUGAUAACCCUUAGUGAUGGUCUUCAUAAUUUCAUAGAUGGUCUGGCUAUUGGAGCAUCAUUCACAGUGUCUGUCUUCCAAGGGGUCAGCACCUCCAUUGCUAUUCUGUGCGAGGAGUUCCCCCAUGAGCUUGGUGACUUUGUAAUUUUGCUGAAUUCUGGGAUGAGUAUUCCUCAAGCUCUGUUCUUCAACUUCCUGUCUGCAUGCUGUUGUUACCUGGGCUUAGCCUUUGGCAUUCUUGCCGGAAGUCACUUUUCCUCCAACUGGAUCUUUGGUCUGGCAGGAGGCAUGUUCCUGUACAUAGCACUAGCUGACAUGUUCCCAGAGAUGAAUGAAGUCAGUAAGGAAGAUGAGGAGGGAGGACGACCUCUUACAGCUUUUAUGAUCCAGAAUGCUGGACUUCUAACUGGGUUCUCCAUUAUGCUGCUGCUCACUACUUUCUCGGGCCAGAUUCAGAUAGGGUAGGGGAUGUACUCAGGCUGACAAACCUACCACAGCAUUUAACUAAGGGGGAUUUAAGGGCUGAUGUUACCCCAAUUACUGGACCAAUGGGGACACAGCAUAUCUGCUGCGCAGAAGUUUGGGAGGAUUUAACCAAUUAUCUCACCAUGAACGGAGCACGUUUGGUUGCAGAAGCACAGAUGUGGUUGUUUUUUCCUCAUUCUCUAAAUAAUCAGCUGGGCUCUAUCAUGGGCUUGAAGAACAGAAUUCCUCUCCCCUUCACACAGACCAUGUACUGCAAAUAAAUGGAAGGGGAGCACUAUUUAUCUAAAAGCUUACAAAUCUCCCAUAUACAGAAGCUGCCUCUCAAACCUAGGGACACCUACUUCUCAUGGUGAAGAUGUGUGCGUAUGAUAUGCACUUUGUUUCUCCAGUCGUUGGGAUGUUAUGAGUAGGGGGUGUUAUUUGGCCUCCUUUGUAGGAGGAACGUUUUCUUCGUACUGACCAGUCUUUGACAUAUUAUCAUAUUGAUAAAUGUCUAUGCUUAUAAUUCCCUUACAAACCCUUCCCCUUUAUCAAUGGACUAAAUUAACCACAUGAAGAGUUCUAUUUUCUCCUCUCCAGAUUAACAUAAUCAUUUUCUUUUUUUAUUAUAGGGUACCAUGUAAAGACUAAGAUAAUUAAUUAUUUUUCCUUCUAGAGACUUUGUGUCCUUCUAAAUACUCCUUGAGUUAUUGCUCAUUGAUAAAUUUGCAAGAAGAUUUUCACCCGUCCCUAUAUUAAAUAGUAGUCCCCUGUCUGUACUUACUAGAUCCUGCUGCUGAUCCAUCCCUUAAAAACAGAAACAGUGUUUUAAUUUCAUUUCAUCCUGAGAAGAGCUCUGAAAACUGUUGCAUGAUGUAGAACAAACAUGAAGUAUACUGAUAAUAAAUUGUUAUUCAGUUCUUUCGUUUACAGCAGGGCUUGACAAACCCAGGCACCAGGGAGCCACCCCUGCCUUAACAUUAGGCAAUGGCGCCCUGGAUUGGAGUCCCAAAACACACAUGGGUGCCCCCUCUUCCCACUCCUGUAAUGUGUGUGUGUAUAUAAAUAAUUAUGUAUGAAUAUACUAUAAUAUAUAGUAAUAUAUAUUUAUUGUUUUAUAUUAUAAUGAGAGAGAUAUAUAUAGUCCAAAAGUAGAUCCUUCCAGAAAAGAGCACUUGCCGGUUCUUUUUUUAAAAUCACUGUUUAUUGUAUAUCUGAGGAAGAGGGUAACACCCUGAAAAUUUUCACUAAGUAAAGGUGAUUUUGAAAAACACCUGGUGAGUGCUCUUUUCUACAAGGAUAUAUAUAUAUAUAUAUAUAUAUAUAUAUCCCCAAAAGUUUCUGGCACCUAAAUAUAUGAUCUGGCUCCUAUAUUUUGAACAAA